GCUGCAGAGGGGUAUCGUCAGUUCGACUGGCUUCCACGAGUCACGACGCCUCGUCAGUUCAACGGUGCAGGAUGUCUAGAAUUUUUCUACUUUAGCAAGAUUUUCCAGGUCUAGAAAUCUCGUUGUGUUGCGGGCUGUGGGGGAGUUGGAAUUACUCGGUUGUGUGCUCCCAUCGGGUGAUGCUACACGGCUGCCAAGGGGAAGUAAAUGAAGGUGGUUUUCAACGUCGCCCGCCACUGGCUUAGUUGGCACUUGGGUGGUCUGCCAGGACUUGGUCAAUUGGAGUACAAAAGCAGGCGCAACAGUCGAUGAUGAAUGCUGCAGAGAGCUGAAGUUCGAGAAUAUAUCAUUCGCGUGGGUUGAUCAGUUCCGGAAAUUUGUAGCACGAGGUUCGUGAAGGAUCGACCAGCGCGUGACUUAGGAUUUCGAACGUGUGGAGCAGUUGCUUGGUAAAGACUUUCGCUGCGGUAGCAUUGGACUCGUACAGAUGGGACGGGCUCCCAGCAGUAGUAGGGUUACGACAGGCGAGGGGUUGAACAAAGGGCCUUGGACUGCGGAAGAAGACUCUAUCCUCACCGCCUUCGUGAGAGCCAAUGGGGAGGGGAAUUGGCGCAUUCUGCCAAAACGCGCAGGGCUGAAGAGAUGCAGGAAAAGUUGCAGACUACGAUGGAUGAACUAUCUGCGCCCUGACUUGAAACGGGGCAAUUUCUCGCCUGAUGAGGACGAGCUGAUCAUCAAGUUGCACUCUCUUCUAGGAAACAAGUGGUCGCUGAUUGCUGGCCGCAUUCCUGGACGAACAGACAAUGAGAUCAAAAACUACUGGAACUCUCGUCUGAAGCGCAAUCUGCAAGACAUGGAAGGAAACCAGAGGCAGCAACUAGUAGCGACGCCGCUGUCGGUGUCGUUGUUAGAUUCCUCAACCGAAAUCAAAGUUGAAGACUUCCCUUGCUCCAACCAGUUGGGCAUGUCCGGUCCCCCAUCGCCAAUAGACGAAAAACCUCCCAUGGAGGCGUUGCUCGGGACCCACCACCACUCCAACGAUCUCGACCCCUCCAUCAUCACCAAGCCCCAGCUCCUAAACAGCACCGACUUCCAUGCGAUGCCGCGAGGUGAAUCCACGCUAUCCGAGCCCACAAGCAGCGACGGCACAUGUUUUGAGGAAUCAUGUGACCAUCAAUCACUCGAAGGGUACAGCUCUUCGUGCAACUGGGCACCGUUUGACAACACCCAAAAACCUCUUUCCUUCACGCAAGCCUCCUCACCGGAAAGCGUUCUACUGUUCCAGCAAUACUUCCCUUCGCAGCCACAGGACGACUUCCUAUGCAGCGAUUUCGGCUUAACUGACUUCACAAGCACCAACUACAUCCCAGAGUUCACUAGCUUGCAGAAUCUGUUACAAUGUGGGCCAUUUUCGCCAAUUCACAAGAACCUACCGGCCACAUGGAUUGGAAAUUACUCAGGGGACGGCUUCCAGACAUAGGUAUCUGAAUAGCUCAAUUCCAGCAGCAGCAACAGCAGCACCCGUUGAGCCGUCACCACCGUAACUACUGUUACGAUCUUCCAGACAUGGGGUAUGAUUCGGCCCAUGUCCGACCACUGGGCUCAAAUAAUACCCUCCCUGAGGAUACAACCAACAGCUCUCUCAAACUGGCGUUGUUUGUGUUGAAGGUGCCCGAUUCUACACUCCAAAGGAAGCCAAAUGCCUUUUCAUUCGGCAGCGCGAAUGGAUCACUGAGUGCGGAUUUAAAUAAAGCCCGAGGUCGACCCACCGCCAUUGCUGCACACCCGAUCGAGCUCGUCCUGUGGACUAGAUCAGCAGCAGCGUCAUCGAUCGCGUGGGAACUGAGGAGAUUGAUUUUUAUCUUUCGAUUACGAUGGGGUUGUCCGUGGUACCAAAAAGUAGGAAAAUUGUUGCAUCAUUUUCAAUCCGUGAGGUUACGAUGAUCGAAAGGUUGAUGCCGGGACGGAACACAUCGCAUGCUUGAUUUAUUCAGCGGAAAAAACACAGUUUUACAAACACUCACAGACACACACACAAUGUUCUGUGCAAUAAUUGCUUGAAUGAAUAAAUGGGUUUUUGUUUUUGAAAGAAAAA